CUUUCCCUCGUUUUCUCUCUCCCGCUUUUUUUUUUCUUCCAUUUUCUGAGUUGCCAAACACCGUUCUUAAAACCCUUGUCUCUCUCUGAUCCGCGGAUCAAGCACGCUCCAUGAAGCGCCAGGUGCCCCUCCCUUCCACCAAACCGCCUUUUGCUCCCCCCGCAGACUACCAUCGCUUCGCCACCGACCACCGCACAACUUCUCAGAACGACGCCGACGCCAUUGCCGUUAAAACUCCUCAAUUAAAGCGGAAGAGUGUUACAACUGAUCUUGAAGGUGAUUCUGGUAAUGUGACUCCAGCAUCCACUGAAGCAGUUAAUAGUCCUUUCCGGACACCUAUCUUGAGGAAGACGGGAAAGGCAAGCAAAUCCUCUCGACUUACAAAAUGCAACAGAUCAGGAUCUCAAAUCCCUGGAUCAAAUAUCAGUUCACCAUCAGCAAAUAAUCUCGCACCUUCUGGUCCAUGUCGUUAUGACAGCUCUUUAGGUCUGUUGACAAAGAAGUUCAUCAAUUUGAUCAAACAAGCAGAGGAUGGUAUUCUUGAUUUGAAUAAAGCUGCUGAGACAUUAGAGGUACAAAAGAGGAGGAUAUAUGAUAUAACGAAUGUUCUUGAAGGGAUUGGCCUUAUAGAAAAGAAACUAAAGAACAGAAUUCAAUGGAAGGGACUGGAUGUUUCAAGACCAGGGCAGGCUGUUGAUAGUUUUGCUAGUUUACAGGCUGAAGUAGAAAAUCUUACAAAUGAGGAGCACCGGUUAGACGAGCAAAUAAGAGAGAUGCAAGAAAGAUUAAGAGGUCUUAGUGAAGAUGAAAACAAUCAAAGGUAUCUUUUUGUCACCGAGGAAGAUAUAAAGAGUUUGCCCUCGUCUCAGAAUGAAACCUUGAUAGCAAUUAAAGCUCCAUAUUGCACCACUUUGGAGGUCCCUGAUCCUGAUGAGGUUGUUGAUUAUCCUCAGAGGAAAUACAGGAUUAUCCUGAGAAGCACAACGGGCCCAAUAGACGUUUAUCUUCUUAGUCAAUUUGAAGAGAAAUUUGAGAUUAAUGGUGUUAAUGUGGCCCCAAAUAUUCCAUCAAGACCAGAUUUCAAUAAGCACCAAUCAACAGUGGUCUCAAAUGAUAGAGGCAAGGACCUUGAAAUGGGGAUACAAGAUGUAUAUAGGCCUUCAGAUUUAUCUAAUUCACAUGAUUUUGCGGGUGGGAUCACGAAGAUUGUUCCUUCAGAUUUUGAGAGUGACGCUGAUUACUGGCUUUUAUCGGAUGCCGAUGUUAGCAUAACAGACAUGUGGAGGACAGAACCCGGCGAAGUUGAAUGGCAUAAUCUGGAUACUCCAAAAGAAGAUUAUUGUAUGACUCAUGUGAGCCCACCACCUCCCCAAACCCCUCCCUCAAACAUAAGUGAAGCACCUUCGGCAUCUAACCCUCCUGUAGCUUGAAGAUGUAAAGGGUAUGUUAUGAAUCAAUAAAUGGUGUUCAUCCUAUUGAGAACCCUAUGAUAUCCACAGACCUCAUGUUGGAUUGAAGGUUCCACGAAGAUGCGUUCUCAAAGAAGCUUGUCUUGCAGACGCUAUCAACUGCCUCAUUGUAACUAUCUGUAUUAAUAACCUCAGUAAUCUUGGUAGUUCCAUAAAGUGAAAAAUAAUGGCACCUUUGCUUAAGCCAUACUUGUAUGUUACUGUAAUUGUUGUCUCUAGAAUACUUAACUCCAUGUAUAUGCUCUCGCUAUGCUGUUAUUAUCUGUACAUUUCCACAGGUUGCAAUGCACCAAAUAAAGCACCUUCUUGAUGAAA